GUUCCCGCUUUGUCAAUCUCGUAAUAAUUUCUGUUUAUGUUUUUCGUUCGAUUCAGUUCUCUAUUUCGCAACUUCCAUGUUCGUUGCAAAUUGAGGUGUAGUUUAAUUGUAAGUAGCUCGAGCAUCGCCAAUCUUCAAAGAAGAAUCAGUUCGACUUGUUCCGGUGUGUCACCAACCGAAAAUUGUGUAAAAUGAGCAACUUUUGGAAUCCCGAAGAACCGAACGAAGAGGAAGAUGAAGAAUUUGAACGGUUUUCUGGACGCGAUGGGGUAUUGUUUUUGAUCGAUGCACGUACCAUUGCCAAUGAUGACGUACACUUUCGGAACGUUUUGAGUUUGAUCGAAACUACAUCGAUGAAUCGGAUAAUCCAAAGCGAAAAGGAUCUGAUUGGUAUUGUGUUCUACAACACCGAACACAGUCCAUUGCCAAGAGAACAGACUGACACCGAAGCAAUGUUGGUCGCUCCGAACAACACAGCCAUUUUUAUGCAUUUGAAUGCAAUGUCUAAGGACCAUAUAUCGCACAUUAAACACUUCAAGGAAUCGCUGGAUUUCUUUGACUUCAAAAAUCGGUACGGCUGCAGCGACACAGAGAGUUUCGUUGAAGUACUUUGGUUGUGCUCGCGAAUGUUCAUGAGAUGCGGCUACAAGCUGAAACAGUCCAACAUAAUUCUGUUCACGAACAACGAUCGACCGUAUCCGGACCCGUCCAACGAACUCGACAAAUGCCUGGUUCGUGGCAAAGAUUUACGCGAUCUUGACGUUCACUUUGUGGUUGUCCCAAUGGUUGACGACGAAUUCGAUGUGGAGAAAUUUUACCGCGAAUUCGUGUGCAGUGUGAAUGACCUGGAUCCGGAGACAUACGAAUUUCCGUCACCGAGUGAUCAACGGGACCAGUUCAGCAGCAGAGUUUUCCAUCAGGAUUAUCGAUCGUCCUGCUUGCGACACUUUAACUGGACCAUCGGGAAAGAUUUAGUGAUUGGCUGCGGUUUGUACGCCUUUGCCAAAGAUUUCAAACCAUCAAAGCAAGUGUACCUUCUGGCCAGUACUAACGAAAUAGUUGUCUCACGAAGAACGUAUAUGACUGGAACAUUAGACGAAGAAACGAUGGAAAUGCAGCUCAACAAACGCUUGCUACCCGGUGAGCAACGGAAAGUUCAAGAAGUUGGCGGACAGAAAAUCGUUUUCACGCCCGAUGAAUUGACCAAACUCAAAUCGAUGGUGGAGCCGGGAAUGAGAUUGCUGGGAUUUAAGCCGAUGAGCCAGUUACCGUCCAAUUGUGCGAUGAAAAGUUGUCGAUUCAUGUUUCCGGAUGAAAGCCACGUCAAAGGAUCGAAGAAAUUAUUUCGCGCCCUCUGGGAGAAGUGCGUCGAGAAGGACAAAUUUGCCAUGUGCGUCUUCGCUCAAAUACGGAAAGUUGCGCCGAGAUAUGUGGCGCUAGUGCCGCAGCAACGGGAAUCGUACGGAACCGAUGGCUUUCGAAUUUUAUACCUGCCCAUGCAAACUGACAUUCGAAAUUUGGAUGUCUUCGGUUCCGAAGUACCGGAAAUACCGGACAAUGGCAUCGACACGAUGAAAAAGAUGGUGAAGAAACUGAAAUUCAACUACAAAGCUGACACAUUUGAGAAUCCAUUCCAAAGGACGUUCUACGCCAAUUUGGAAGCCUUGGUGUUCGAGGAAGAAGGUGAAGUAAUUGAAGAUUCAACAAUGCCAGACAUUACCUUCCAGGAUGGCAAAAUCCAACCAAUCGUUGACGAAUUGAUUGGAAUUUUUGGUCAGGAUGCUGCGGCAGCGAAACGGCCGGCGUCGGCGAAAAGCGGAGGACCAAGUGCCAAAGUACCGAAAGUAUCUGCCAAUCGAGAUGAUAUUGUUUCUGCCAUUACCAGCAAUAAUACCACUAGAGUUACAGUCGCGAUGUUAAAAGAAUUCCUAACAUCGGAGGGUGUGACUGGACUCACCAAUAAAACCAAGGCGGCUUUAAUUGACAUGGUUAAGUUGCACUGCAACCUAUAAGUUUGCAUUUUUCGUUUAAAAUUGUUACAAAUUAAUAUUAAAAAGAAAUGAUUAUAAAUGAGAA